AUGGCUUCCUCCUCCGCCUCAACGACCGACAAGCGGCCUUGGGUCGAGAAAUACCGGCCCAAGUCGAUGGACGAGGUCUCGCACCAGGAGGAGGUGACGGCGGCGCUGCGCAACGCCAUCGAGUCGAAGAACCUGCCUCACCUGAUCUUUUACGGCCCGCCCGGCACGGGCAAGACCUCGACGAUCCUCGCGGCCGCGCGCAGCCUCUUCGGCGACGAGCUCCGCUCGCGCGUGAUGGAGCUCAACGCCUCGGACGAGCGCGGCAUCGCCGUCGUGCGCAACAAGAUCAAGUCGACUCUUGACUCCGCCACCCUGGCCAACCCGCACCUCGCCACACUCCCAUAG